GCGGCGAGGGCGCCCGGCGUAGGCGGCGGCGUGGGCCGCGGUAUUUAUAGCCGGGUGACAGCAGCGCGCCGCGGCCCGUGUCGCCGCUCGUCCUGCGUCCGCCGCCACGGUGGCCGACCGCGCGCUCUCCGGUCAAGCAGCAUCGAAGGCUUGAAGGAUGGGUAAAGACUUCCGCUACUAUUUCCAGCAUCCUUGGUCUCGCAUGAUCGUGGCUUACCUGGUCAUCUUCUUCAAUUUCUUGAUAUUCGCAGAGGACCCAGUUUCUCACAGUCAAACAGAAGCCAAUGUUAUUGUUGUUGGGAACUGUUUUUCAUUUGUAACAAAUAAAUACCCUAGAGGACUUGGCUGGAGGAUUCUGAAGGUGCUUCUAUGGCUACUGGCCAUUCUCAUAGGACUGAUCGCUGGCAAGUUCUUGUUCCAUCAGCGCUUAUUUGGUCAGUUGCUCCGGUUAAAAAUGUUUCGUGAGGACCACGGCUCAUGGAUGACAAUGUUCUUCAGCACGAUCCUGUUUCUCUUCAUCUUCUCUCACAUAUAUAACACGGUUCUUCUGAUGGAUGGGAACAUGGGAGCAUAUCUCAUUACGGACUAUAUGGGCAUCCGCAAUGAAAGUUUCAUGAAACUAGCCGCUGUAGGGACCUGGAUGGGGGACUUUGUCACGGCCUGGAUGGUCACUGACAUGAUGCUUCAAGACAAGCCCUACCCCGACUGGGGGAAAUCGGCAAGAGCUUUCUGGAAGAAAGGCAACGUUAGAAUCAUCUUAUUCUGGACUGUCCUCUUCACCCUGACUUCCGUGGUGGUACUGGUCAUCACAACCGACUGGAUCAGCUGGGACAAACUGAAUCGCGGAUUCUUGCCCAGUGAUGAGGUUUCCAGAGCUUUCCUUGCUUCUUUCAUCUUGGUCUUUGACCUCCUCAUUGUGAUGCAGGACUGGGAAUUCCCACACUUCAUGGGAGAUGUUGAUGUGAAUCUCCCUGGGCUGCACACGCCUCACAUGCAGUUCAAGAUUCCCUUCUUCCAGAAGAUCUUCAAGGAGGAAUACCGCAUCCACAUAACAGGUAAAUGGUUUAACUACGGAAUUAUUUUUCUCGUCUUGAUUUUGGACCUGAAUAUGUGGAAGAACCAAAUAUUUUACAAACCUCAUGAGUAUGGACAGUAUAUCGGUCCAGGGCAGAAGAUAUAUACAGUGAAGGACUCUGAGAGUCUCAAGGAUUUAAACAGAACCAAGCUCUCCUGGGAAUGGAGGUCCAACCACACUAAUCCACAGACCAACAAAACCUACGUCGAGGGAGAUAUGUUCUUACACAGCAGGUUCACAGGGGCUAGCUUAGAUGUCAAGUGUCUGGCUUUUGUUCCCAGUUUGAUAGCUUUCGUGUGGUUUGGAUUCUUCAUUUGGUUCUUUGGACGGUUUUUGAAAAAUGAGCAAGGCAUGGAGAAUCAAGAUAAAACCUAUACUCGCAUGAAAAGGAAAUCCCCCUCAGAACACAGCAAAGACAUGGGAAUGACCCGAGAAAACACCCAGGUCUCUGUGGAAGAGCCCCUGAACGACCGCCCCUUGGUGUGUAUCAGGUCCGACUUUAACGAGAUAGUCUACAACUCCUCCCAUCUGACAUCGGAAAACUUGAGCUUGCACUUGAAGGAAUCUACCAGUGUGAUGGAAGCUGAUCGAGACCCAGCAGCCUCUCCAAGUAUGCGGACGAACUAGAGUCUCUUAGGCGGAGGUAGCACAAAGAGCGAGCCUGAGCGUAACUUAAAAUCAUAGUCUUUCAUUUUGUAAAUGUCAGGUUUACAUAGCGUUAGGUAAAGAAAUACAAACAAUGCCACAACGGUGCUCAACAUGCUUUUUCUAGACUCAUUGUUUUCUAUUUGUAUUAUGAGACAUGUGCCUAUUGUACGUUUAAUGGUCCUCUAGAGAUUGCUUUUCACAACCGCACAAGCUAUUUACUGACUUUACAGCGAGGUAGAUUAGCAGAUUACCCAUGUAUCUGAUGUUCGACCAUAGUGGUGCCUUGAGACAUUAAACUGUUUUUAACUGUACCAGACAUGAAGUGUAGAAUGGUUCUCCAGUCCAUUUCACGUGGGAUUUUUUUUAUACAACUAUUUUGAUUUACACUUGAUGUCUGAGCAGGAAAUGGACAUAACUGAUUUGUGGUUGUGGAAAGUUCUCUUGGUUUACUGUUUAGCAGAAAGUUGGUGACUUUGACACUGGAUAGCAUAGCGAUUGCCUUUUACGUUUUAUUGGCUGGCUGACGAAUAUAAAUACAAAUGUACAAUCUGGUGAGAGGAGAACUGAAAUCCAACAUGGGUCAUUGCUCCCGAAAUGUGACUUUCUCCAACCACUAAUUGCGAUUAGGCAAUAAUACCUAAUUAUGUUUUCCUAAUUAAAGAUAAAUUGCUGCCUGAUUAAUAGUCUUGCCCUUUUCCUUUGGGAACAAAGGUUAAGAGGAACAGUUGGGUGAGCUCUCAAAUUUAUUGGCAUUUCCACGAUAUUCUAGACAACCAAGGAAUUAAAGGUGUAAUCAAGAAAAGGUUGCACAGCCUGCAAUAUUGUACAUUUUGUUGUAAAUAUGGUUCUGGACAGUGAAAAUGGAGAAACUUACAACAAUGUUGAACAAGGGGAUUCUGAAACCUUUCACUGAAACCUCAUGUGGUGGAAGACGCUGUACAGGGUCUGUUUAAUGUCUUUUGUGUAUGUGCAUUUUUGUUUGGGUUUCAUUUUUUAAAGAUGUAAACAUCGCACAUUAAUAAACAAGAAUUAUAUGCCAGUAACCAUGAGAUGUUGCCGUUGCUGUGCUUGUCUGUCUGUUUGUUUAAAGGAUUCAGUCAUGCCCUGGCUUAACAAAAACCUAUUUAAAUGGAUUUUUAAAAGCUUGAUUCUAAGCAAG